AUGAAUCAAACAAACCAAACUGAGGACCUGUUCUCCUGCUACAGUCCUUCAGUUGAAGGUUACCGGUACUUCGCUGUGCUGUGGGGAUGUGCUGUAAACAUCACUGGUACGGUGGGGAACAUGAUGACCAUUCUGGCUUUCGCCUUCAACUCACGUCUGAGGACUCGCUUCAAUGUGCUCAUUGUCAACCUGGCUGUAGCAGAUCUCUUGAACUGCACCAUACUGCAGCCAUUCUCCAUCGACUCCUAUCUACACCUCAGAUGGCGCAGUGGUGAGCUGUGGUGCAGAACCUUCGGCCUGCUUUUCUGCCUCUCGAACUGUGUAUCCAUUAUCACCCUUUGCCUGAUAGCAGUGAGCAGAUAUCUUCUAGUUGCCAAAAGAGCAGUGUUUGACCGUGUUUUCUCUAAUCAUGGUCUCAUUUUACUCCUCAUUGUUGCAUGGGCACUCGGCCUGGUCAGCUUUGGUCCACUCUGGUCUGUCUAUGUAUUUGUGCCCCAGGUGUGCACAUGCAGCUUCCAUCGUAUCCAGGGUCGCCCCUACACCACCAUCCUGCUAUCUUUCUGCUUUUUUAUUGGUCUGGGUUGUGUUGGAGCAUUCUACUUGCUCAUUUACAGGCAUGUCCUGAUUGCAUCACAGGCUCUGCUCCGCUACAGGUUCAGCUACCAGGGAUCCAGGAGGAAACCAACACCAGCUCAAGAGACUGAUGACACUGGUGUAACGACCGGCACAACAAACACGUGCAGUCAGGCACAACUGCCUCAGAAUAUGGAGACAACUUGGGGAAAGCCCUGCAAGUCUUCUCAGAGUUCAUUUAAGAUCUUAAAUUCAUUAGCAACUGAGUCCCCACCUGAAACUGAACUUACACCACCUUCCAUCACGCCUACUCCUGCAAAUACAACAUCAGUAUCCCACUCAACAGCUGUAGUGGAUGACAAGGAAAUUAAGUAUGUAACACGGAUGUGCUUAACUGUUUUUCUGUGCUUUGUGUUCUGCUUUGUCCCAUUUCUGCUGCUGAACAUAGUAGAGAAACUAAACCACGCCCCACAGGUAGUGCACAUGUUCUGUACAAACCUCACCUGGCUCAACAGCUGCAUCAACCCCAUGCUCUAUGCUGUCUUGAACCGGCAGUUUAGACAGGCCUACCAUGUGCAGCUCACCAAGGCUGCUGCACCUUUCACCUACCUCUGGAACCAUCACACAGUUCAGAGUUCAUGA